UCUAAAAAGGAGGCAUAUUUUCACUUUUGCUCUUGUACUAUCGGAGAGUAACAAAAUAUGGUGCUGUAAAUGACAGUAAAAGAGAAUUGAUCGUUUGAGGCGGUCUUGUUAUCGCAAAUAAAACCUCGGCGAAUGACAGUUCAUCACUAGUGUUGUGCACUGCAGCUGGACCCGCGCUGUCUCCAGGUGUUGAUUUGACGGCGGUGAUGGCGAUCAAAAAGACCUACAUAAGCGUGGGCUACGCGUGUGUUGGGGUAUUGGUGGGAUUUUCGGCUUUUCUAGUCUGGAAUAUCGCUUACAAACAGCCGUGGACAGCCGCGAUGGGUGGACUAUCAGGUGUUUUGGCACUAUGGGCUCUGGUCACACACAUAAUGUACCUUCAGGACUACUGGAGAACGUGGCUGAAGGGACUGAAGUUCUUCAUGUUCAUAGGCGUCAUUUUCUCUGUGCUGUCAAUCAUUGCAUUCAUCUCCUUCCUCUGUGUUGCCAUCUCCCACAAAGAAUCCUUGAAAGAUCCUGCCAGUCUCUUCCUGUCGUGUGUGUGGAGCUUCAUAAGUUUGAAAUGGGCAUUCCUGCUGGCCCUCUAUUCUCAUCGAUACUGCAAAGAAUUUGCUGACAUCUCCAUCCUCAGUGACUUUUAAAUAUACACCCACAAUAGCACACUCAUGCCCACAGACAAACAAGCAUACAUGCUUAAAAAGACUUGGCUGUUACAUUGUUAAAUGGAUAAAGAGGACUUGAUAUAAGAAGUCAGAAUAAAUGGUGAGGAGAGUCAGAAAGUGUAAUUAAAGACAUUAGUUAAUUGCUUUCCCUCUCCCUCCUCUUUUCUGUCUGUGGGAAUUUCAGGUUUGAAUCACAGUCUAUUGUGGGCAAUGCGUUUUAACCACUGAUAUAUAAUAUAGAACUGGAUUGCUCAUGAGGAACUAUCAGUUAAGCCACUGCGCCGCCAUAUUGCUAUGCCCAAACAUUCCAGUGUCCCUAUUGAUUUUAACAGGAAAUCAUCUCAUUUCAGCGAGUAAACAUUAGUCAUUCAAUAACCGAUUUUAUAUCUGAAAUCUGUAUGUACAUCCCUACAACGCAAACGUCCUACACAUGUAAUUAUUUAUCUAUUUAAAAUCUGAUUUUUUUCCUGUUUCUUGAAAGCUCGAGCGAGUUAUGUACAAUAUAUCUGGAUCAAACAGUAUUCACCUCUAUCAAACUUCAUUGGCGAACAGAUCAGCUGAAUGUAAACAAGUUCACUGAAACUGAGGUAAGAUACAAACAACCAUUUUCAGACUUAUUUAUUGUGAGCAUCGAAGUGUUUGUUCAUAGUUACUUGUUUUAUGUUUUCAUAAAAAAGUGCCUUUUUCUCGCGGUCACUUGAAAAAGAGCGCGCGCUCUCUCCCUCUCACGCACAGCGGGCGCGCAGAGAGGGUGACACGCAAAGCAAAUGUGGUUAAAAUUAAACUGAUACGCUAGGUUUAAAUGGCAAACGAACAUGUAUUUAUGACAUGAAUCCAUGUUAUGACUACAGAGAACACUUCAAAAUGAAAACAAGCAAAUCCUGGGCAUUUAAGGCGAUUUAGAAAUCCCAGUCUGACUUUUUUUUAAAGUCCCGUUCGGGGGUAAAGACAUAUUGUUACUCUAAACAAGCAGAUUUUACAGCUUUUCCUACUUAUAUUACAACUUGUGAACAGUUUGCCGCUUCCUUUGGUGAUCGUUGUGCUGCACUGAUGCUCAGACAUCACGAUCCGUAUGUAUCUUCUCCUUCGUAACGAAUAUUAUCCAUAACGAGCAAAUUAAACAUGAUUGUCACUAGAGGGCAAAAUGCAACUGUCGUAUCCACAGGUUGGAGACGGUGAAACGGGGUUGUUUUCGCCUGUCAGUCAUUGAUGCUCUAUGAGAGUUUGGGCAUACCAAGAUGGCCUCUCGAACACUUCCGGUGGCUACACCUACUGCUGGCAGUUUACCAUUGCAUCAGCAAUCCAGUUCUCUCUCUCUCUCUCUCUCUCUCUAUACAUUAUAUAUAAACACAUUAGACAUAAGGGACUGUCAGCGUCGAGUGUCUUAAAGGGUUUAAUUACCGUUUUAAAUGUUGGACUCUAAUAUCCUUUUUUUGCAAGCGUAUGAACAAAAUCAAUAUUUCUGAGCCUUUUCACCAUGUGAGAGUGUUUUGUUUAUACUUGCCAUUUCUGAAUGAGGUAUUAAGAUGAGCCUUCUGUCUUUUUCCCUGCUGCUGUUCUCUUGUUGUAAUGUUUUUCUCCACUCCCUCAAAUGGACACAGGCAAGUGAUGGAUAUUUGUGUCUCAGCUGGUGACCAGCAGAUGUCACUAACAGACAAUUUUGAUUCUGCUACUACAGAUGACAUGAUAGCAUUUAGGUAUGUGACUGUUAAGUCUUGAAUAAGCACUUUAUUGUACUGUAUGUAAACCGUUAAAUGAGCUGAUGAAUCUGGCUGUGGGAAUCUUGAUACUUUACUGUUAAGGGACACAUUAUGAUUUUGGAAAGCCCAAAGCAUUUUGUUAAUGUUUAUUGUUCUUGUUUAUCUUUAUAUAACUCCUAAGCAUUAUAACGGGAGCAACUCUCAUUUUUUAAUUUUUUUUUCGACAGCACACUUUUAAAUUAAAUUAAUAAUCAGAACCAAAUGUUUAGCAUAAAUUUGUAGCAAUUUUUAUUUUAUUUUUUUUCACAGUUCCAGAAUUGCUGUGACACAAAGGGAUAGGGAUUUGACAAUGUAACAUUUUUAACCUUUUUAAUGGUCUAAUGUCUUUGAGUAAUACUAUCACACCUCUGGUAGUUGGUUAUCACCUGCCCAUACUGUCACCUGUGUUAUAGGACUGAUUAUAAGUUUGUAUAGAUUCACUCAUAUAAGACUGCAUGCAUUUGUUUUAUUAUGUUGAUCUUUUUAUAUUUACAUAAAGAUUGUGAUAGAAUGUGAUUUUAGCUUUUGCCUAACACUUUGGGCAAUUUUAUAUACAUAUCCAUUAUAUCAUGUCAUGAA